AUGCCUUCAUUUUCUGAACACGAUCUGGUCUACGACGACGGCAGCAAGACGCUGCACUACCUCUCCGCCGGCCCCGAUGGUGGAGACCUUAUGAUCUUUAUGCACGGUUGGCCUGGUAUCGGCAAAACAUGGCACGACCAGCUCACCGAGUUCUCGAAGCGAGGCUAUAAGGUCGUCGCGCCCGAUAUGCCAGGCUAUGGUGGAUCUACUGCUCGCAAGGUCGCUAGCGACUAUGCUCAAGAACAAAUCGUCAAAGCUAUGCUGGCACUAUUGAAGGACCUCGGAUAUGACCAAGCUAUUUGGGUAGCUCAUGACUGGGGAUGCGGCACGCUCUGGACCCUCGCACGAACCCAUCCGGAGGUCUUCAAGGGAGCUUGUGGAAUGACCGUGCCAUACGGUGUUCUAGAGCUCGGUCUGGAGGAAGCGCUCAAGCAUGUCGAUCGCAACAUCUACCCCGAAGACGAGUACCCGUAUGGUCAGUGGAGUUAUCAAGCCUAUUAUGAGCAAAACUUCGAAAAAGCUACAGAGUGGUUCGACAAGGACCCUCGUGGCUUCUUGAGAGCCGCCUUCACAAAGGGCAACCCUGCUGCUGUUGGCAAGCCGGCUCCAAUGUCUCGAGCUGUGCAAGACGGAGGUUGGAUGGGCGGUUCCGAGAGACCUAUGCCUGCUAGCGCGAUCCCUGAUGAAUACGCUUGCAUCGACAAGGAAACCUUCGAGGAGCUCGUGGCCGCAAUGGAGAAGACCGGCUUUUGGCCCGGCGAUGCUUGGUACCUCAACCACAAGGCAAACCGUGCCUACAACCUGGAAAACAGCAAGAACGAGGGUCGCCUCAAGUUCCCGGUGCUGUUCAUCGAGGCCAAGUACGACACAGUAUGUGAGACUGUCAAUUCGACACUGGCAGAACCACAGAAGAAGCUCUGCGAGGAUUUGACCUAUGUCAGCAUUGCUGCGGGUCACUUUGUGCCUGUAGAGAAGCACGAGGAAGUCAAUCAGGCUAUGGCAGAGUGGCUUGAAGCUAAGGUACGUAAAUAG